UCAAUUGCUGAGUUGUACACACGAUAUUUCAAUCUUUCAUAUGGGAUAUGUAGAGCCGAAAAAUUCACUUGAAUCUUAUACAUCCAACUCAGUAGAUGAGAUAAAUGAGAUACCAAAGUAUUUAGAUCUUUAUCAUUUUCGAAUAAGACAAGAAAGGAUCUUCACUGUCGCAUCAACAUCAUUCUUGACAUGAUUGAAAUUGCACAUGUCCCUCUGUACUAAUAACACUUUUGUAUGCUUUGAACCAAUUCAUAUUGAACUAUACGACUUUGUUUUCCUAGGUCAAGCACCAACCCAGAUACAACAGCUAUGUGGGAUUUAGAACACUAAGCCCCCGAUGACUCGGUAGCGCUUAGAAUCAUCAAAUUUGACAAUGCAAAGAUAUAUGAUCCCACCCACUCAAGCCGAGUAUUACAUAUUUCAAGUUGAUGGGUCCAUUCGAUUAUUUUUGAUGUGACAACGCCCAUACAGAAGCUGCUUUAUAUAUUGUCUCGUCCUCCCAAAAUCAAACACCACAAAGAAAUAUCUAAUCCACAAUAUCAGUGAGGUAGCCACAGAAAACUGCAACAAUGCUGCCUUUCCUUCAGUUGCUGAUCCAAGACUUUAAACCAUCCCUGCUCUUUUCAUCAAUAUUUCUAUUGGUGUUCUUGAAGUUCUUCUUUAGAUCAAGAAAACAAAAUCUCAAGCUCCCACCAAGCCCACCAAAACUACCCAUCAUUGGUAACCUCCACCAACUUGGUGACAUGCCUCACUUAUGCCUUCAAGGUCUAGCCAAGAAGUAUGGUUCCAUCAUAUACUUACAACUUGGUGAGAUCCCAACGGUGAUUGUUUCAUCAGCUAGAUUGGCCGAGGAAGUGAUGAAAACUCAUGAUCAUGCACUUUCAAGUCGUCCUCAGCUGUUUUCUGCAAAACACCUGUUCUAUGGUUGCCAAGAUAUUGCUUUUGCUCCCUAUGGGGCUUACUGGAGGAAGAUCAGAAAGAUUUCCAUGGUUGAACUACUUAGUGUCAAGCAGGUCCAAUCAUACAGCUUUGUUAGAGAAGAAGAAGUUACCCGUUUGGUAAAUCGAAUCGCAGAGUCUUGUCCUUGCACAAUCAGUCUAACCAAGGUGCUCCAUUUGUAUGCAAAUGCUGUCGUUUGCCGGGUUUCACUUGGAAGAGAUUUCUCAGAAGGAGGAGACUAUGAUCGACAUGGAUUUGAGAAGAUGCUUGACGAUUACCAAGAAUUGCUAGGAGGAUUUAGCUUGGGAGAUUUCUUUCCUUCAAUGGAAUUUAUGCACAGCUUAACAGGCAUGAAAUCAAAACUCAUGGAAACUUUCCAUCGAUUUGAUCGGUUUUUCGAUCAAGUCAUUGAUGAACAUCUCAAUCAAUCUGCAAGAGAACAGAAGGAGCAUAAGGAUAUUGUGGAUGUCUUGCUCGACAUAAAGAAUAAAGGAUCGGCUGAAAUCAAUCUCACCAUGGACAAUGUUAAAGCUGUCAUACUGGACAUGUUUGCUGCAGGAACAGAUACAACCUUCAUAACCCUUGACUGGGGAAUGACCGAGCUCAUCAUGAACCCCAAGGUCAUGGCAAAAGCACAAGCAGAGGUACGGAGUAUUGUCGGAGAUAGAAAAAUGGUGUUAGAGAGUGAUCUGGCUCAGCUGUAUUACCUGAAAGCUGUUAUCAAGGAAAUAUUUCGAUUGCAUCCAGCAGUUCCAGUACUAGUCCCCAGAGAAUCAAUGCAGGAUGUUACCAUUGACGGGUAUGACAUUCCAGCUAAAACCCGAAUUUUUGUGAAUGCUUGGGCAAUUGGAAGGGAUCCAGAAUCAUGGGGGAACCCUGAAACAUUUGACCCUGAACGAUUUAUGGGUAGCUCAAUAGAUUUCAAAGGACUGGACUUUGAGCUGAUACCUUUUGGGGCUGGUAGAAGAAUCUGUCCUGGCAUGACAUUUGGAACAGCCACUGUUGAGCUUGCUUUAGCUCAACUUCUCCACAGCUUUGAUUGGGAGCUGCCACCAGGAGUCCGGACAGGGGAUUUGGAUCUGACUGAGGUUUUUGGCAUCUCAAUGCACAAGAAGUCUGAACUGAUUGUUGUUGCCAAACCAUGGUUCCCUUAAGACAAUAAAUCACCAAUGAACAAGAUAAAGAUAUAGUACGGUAAAUGUAAGUGCCAUUAACCUAGUUGCUUUAGCCUUUAUGUGUAGUAGCAGGAAGGAUUGCACUGCUGGUUUACAUUGGUAGUCAUAGUUAUCAAAGCAAUAAAAAAUGGUAUCAUUAUUGCUUUCA